AUGUAUAGAAAUUGCAAUCGUCUGUCUGUUGCAGGAACGCGCGAGACGGCCUUCAUCUACGCCAUACUUAGCGCCGGGGUGGUGCACGCGACGACGCGCUCGUGCAGCCUCGGCAACCUGACUGACUGCACGUGCGACAUGACGCGCUACGGCGAACACCACGUGGAGGGCUGGAAGUGGGGCGGAUGUAGCGAUAACAUCGAGUACGGGCUGCAGUUCAGCAAGAAGUUCGUCGACGCGCCGGAAAUGCUCACCCAGGGAUCCAACAUCCGGAACACGAUGAACCUGCACAACAAUGAGGCGGGCAGAAAGAUAACCGAGCAACUGAUGGACCAUCGAUGCCGUUGCCAUGGUGUUUCAGGCUCAUGCGCAGUGAAAACCUGCUGGCGCAGUCUUCCAAUGUUCCGUCAGGUCGGCGACGCAUUAAAAGCAAAAUACGAACUUUCGGUGCCCAUCGCGCAACGCUCCAAACGUCAGCCGAGGCGGAAGGGGAAAACAAAACGACGUCAGCCAAUCAAAGACGAUGAUCUUAUUUACGUGCAUAAGUCGCCGAACUAUUGCCGACCGAAUGAGAAGAAGGGCAUUUUGGGAACUUCCGGUAGGGGUUGCAACAAGACGUCGUCUGCGAGUGACAGUUGUGACCUACUGUGUUGUGGGCGGGGCUACAAUACGCAGGUGUUGACGUAUGUGUCACGUUGCCACUGCAAAUUCGUGUGGUGCUGUCACGUACAAUGCAAAACGUGCGAGACCGUGUUAGAGAAACACACGUGUAAAUAACGCAGAACGCCGAGACUAUACUAUGCAUACGGCGGUACACGCGUAAGAAUUGGGUUUCGUAGUUUAAACGUGUAGAACAUAAACGGUAAUCGCGGGUUUCUUCUUCUGAACGAUGACACGUGUACAUAUACAGAGCUAUAGACAGAUAACACUUUCUGUGUGAGGUGUAAAACGGAUGUUCUAGUGACGAUCGGUAAGAUGGGGGACAACUCGUACUAGAUUGGUUAUUUGACGAUGUUCGUAAUUGUCUACCUUGUGUUUUGCUUCAUCGGCAUUGUGUAUGUUACGCAUAAUCAUACAUGACAUGAGGCAGUGACGUUCUUGCUAUUAUUGUUGGUAUCAUACGUAGAAAUAUUGCAUAUUUGUUUAGUUUUAUUCCGUAUACAUAAUUAGUUGAAUUGUUGAUUGUGUAAUUACAUGUUCUGUAUAUGUUGUCUUUAUAAUGUCUCACUUAGAGGAACGCGCUCAAGUAUGGCUAAAUGGAUUAUUGAAACUGAUCUACGAUCGCCAUUAUAAGUGUUUAUUUCGGUGGCACAGACGUGACAUGUGCAUGUUUUUAUAGCCCCUUUAAAGGGACAUAUUCACAGAUUUUGACAUGUUUGGAAGUUUGUCAUUAAAUGAUUUAAAUUGAUAAAUGUAAACAUCGGAACUAUAAAGAGUUCAAGUUUAAAAAAAAAUAAAGCAAGAAAUCUUUUUAUAUCACACCUGGGCUCGAAUCACUUACCAAGUUUAUCGCUUAAACAAGUCGGCCAACCGUGCUGACAUGUGGAACAUUUAUAUUUUACUUUAUAUAAGCAACCUCGUAAUGUAACAAAAUUUCACAAUAACAACAGAACUUUCCAAAUUGUACAAUCGUUUCGCGUUUGUAACGCUUUAUAAUGUGGUUCAGGUUCUUAAAUCAUAAAAAGAUUAAUAAAAUUAAUAAAGUGGAUACUUUAAAGUA